AUGUCAGCCGAGGAGGCAGCUAUAUUCCUACGCCCGCCUCCAAGGAGGUGUAAGUCGCACGCGAAGACUAAGGCGAAGGGGCGGAUAACGUCGCUCGUUCGUCAGGCGGCGGCUGACACAAAUGAUCUCCGGACUCCAUUGCACUGUUUGCAUCUCCUACUGGCUUUGCCCGAAGCCGGUUCGGCAGUGCCCCUAAGGCUCUCGGAUGAAUGGCAAGGCGCACUUUGUUGCGCGUUAAUUGGGAAUCAACCCACGUCCUCCGGCUGGGGUAGUCCUUUGGCCUCAACCGCCUCGGUGGCAGCAGAGAGUGACGAGGGGUCUCCCUGGCCUAUGGCAAAACUCGAGCACACUCUGUUCGACGAAUGGAUAACUUCGCCAGAGGCGGAGGAUAUUCCAUGUGAGGUUGCCCAGGUGUUGCAAGAGUAUCGAGCGGUUUUUCCCAAUACCUUACCUAAAGGAUUACCGCCGAAGUGCCUUCAUGAUCACCAUAUUCUCCUUGUGCCUGGAAAACUUCCAGCGAGAUCUGCAAUAUACCAUGUGACCCCAAAUCAGCUCACAUUCCACAAACAGGAGAUACCUGAAUUAUCGGACAGUGGUUGGGUCGGACCGACCUAUUCGCCUAUUUGCUCUCGUACGAUCAUGGUGGACAAACGUGAUGAUGGCUCCAGGGAGCGGAAGAUGCGUAUGGUUGUCAAUUACCAGGCUCUAAAUGUCCUUACGAUAGCCCCUGAUUUUCCACUACCUCCCAUUCAAACCAUUCUGGAGCUGCUGGGAGGCGCCAAGUAUUUUUCCACCUUGGAUCUUGAAGCAGGAUUCCACCAAAGACGUAUGGCUAAGGAAGACCGGUGGAAGAAGGCUUUCCGGUCCGUUCUCGGACUAUUCGAGUACUGA